ACCCCUUUCUUCUUCGAACCAUCAUCUGGCUUUCUAAACCAGCCACAUAACUCAGUUGCAUCUUGUCUACGUUGCAAAUGCUGCUCCGGGGAAUUCGAAUGCGUACAAUGAUAUGUAGAUCUACUACCACACGACACGCGCGAAUACACUGGCUGGGAUAUAUCUUUAUAGAAUAAGGUGCGGAUGUGCUUACGGCUCGAAUAUUGAUAAUGGCAUCUAGACCUACUACCGCACGAUAUGCACGAACAUACCCGAAUAGAAUGAAGUGCGGAUGCGUUCACAGCUCGUAAAACAUGGAAUAUGACCGUUCGCUGUUGAAGCAUGUUCGCAAUGCUAUGAGGAGGAGAGCGAAUGCACGAUUCUUUCAGGAGUCCCGGACCCGAACGAUGAAUGGGAGAAGGGAUGAAAUCGAUGCGAAAAUGACAGAUGUUUUCACGCGUCGAUACAAUAGGAACCAAGGAGAUGUUUCGAAUGAAGUGAAUGGACAACCCACCAGCGAAUGUAUCCGCAAUGCCGGAAAAAGUUAUGGCAAUGUUCUGCACUAAUUGACAUAACCUCCCCGUACAAUUGUUGAAGCACAGACUCUACGCCCCCUCCGAAUCUGAGAUGUUGGAGGCGCCUCUUCAAAAGCGAGAAACCCAGCUCUAUUGGAUUGAAAUCCGGAGAUGUGGAAUAGAUAGGAGGUCAGUUAUCCAUGACCAAAAUAGAGCCACGCUCUGCACGGUUUACAACCCUCUCAAUGAAUUCAAGAAAUGAUGCUGCAUUGAAGGCACCUUCGACGAUCGAACAUUCAAGCAUACCGUUCAGCGUCAUUGCAGGGAGAACAGAGUACCUACAAGAAGAAGAAUUAGCACUUUCAAAGGCUUUCUUGCGCAGAUAUGUACGACGGUCACAAGCACUCUCGUCGAUGAAAACGAGCCGCUUCAAGAAUCUUUUGUUCCUACAGACUUUGCCCAUCUCAAGCCGAUAUUUGAUACGUUCCAGCUCACUGUGUUCAGCUGCCCUUUUCGAGAUCUAUGGGGAGGUCUUUUUCUUUUUCUUUGCCUUUGCCUUUGCCAUUCGAGUACCGAUGCUUACCCUCUUCAUUGUAAAUCCUACCCAACACAGUGCCCUCCAUACUGUAGUAUCUGAUACUUCUUUCCCGCAUGCAUUGCAAAGUUCAUCUCUCAAUUCCAAUAAAAAUAGGUUGCAUUGCUGG